AUGUCAUACCUUCAACAGCACCUGAAGAGCUUCAACGCCAGCGUUGUAGAGUCGGCGAACCGCCUACCCCAGCAGCGACGGAUGGCGGCCAACAAUGCCUCGGUUUCUGCCAGCAGCUCGCAGGUACCUUCGUCUGCACCGACUCCUUCCUCGACUGUCGACUUGAAAAAGAAGCGACAUGAUGCAGACAUUGUCUAUUCUCAGCCGGCAAAUACGGGCACUGGCAAGGACAUCAUGACUCAGGUCCUCUUUGCGAUCGAGCACAUGAAAACCAAGGGUGUGCCUCUGAAAUUUGGGGAUAUCGUAUCCUAUCUGUCACUCCAGCAUCGUGCCCAUGAUCCAGCCUACGUCCAGGCCCUCCGCAGUAUCCUUCAGAGACACGAGAAAGUGGACUACGACCCGGCCGGCGCCGGUGGCGAGGGGACAUUUAGCUUCCGGCCUCCGCACAACGUUCGCAACGCCGAGCAGCUUUUACAAAAGUUACAGUCGCAGAAGACAGCCGCCGGUAUGAGUGUUCGUGAGCUCCGCGAGGGCUGGUUGAACGUUGAGGAAGCCAUCAACCAGUUGGAAAAAGAAGGAAAACUACUUGUGACUCGGAACAAGAAGGAUGAUCACGCGAAGAUGGUCUGGGCGAAUGACCCCUCGCUGAUCGAGCAUUUCGAUCCAGAGUUCAAGCAGAUCUGGGACAAGAUCAAGAUCCCUGACCCCCAGGCUGUCAAGGAAGCCUUGGACAAAGCGGGCAUCAUUCCUACGAACAAGAACAAGGUCAUGAAACCCCGGAUUAAGGUGGAGCAGAAGAAGACCAAGAAGCCCCGACGCAGUGGCAAGACGACCAACACCCACAUGCAGGGUAUCCUGAGAGACUACUCUCAUCUCAAGCGGUGA